CCAUGGAUAUUUCAUAGCUCCAUGUAUAUUUCAUGAAACUUUGGAAAUAUUUCAAAGCUUCCAUGCUUUAAAUUGUAGAGGUUAUGAUUGUCGUAGAGCUAUGAUUGUUGUGGAAAAUAGUUUGGGUCAUUACAUUUCUUCUGCAGAGAAUUCCAUAAAUCAUGAGCUUUAAUUUAUUCAUAUUAAAUGUAUAAGUAUUUAAAUAAACUAAAAAAACAUUUAAAAGUUUUUUUGUAUGUAAUUAUCGUAUUCGUAAGUCAUAAGUCUGAGAUCUGAAAAUUGUUCGUGCAUGAAGACAAGCACAAUAUAAGAAGUUGCUCAUCGAAGUCACCGACUUUAGAAUGGCAACUUCAGUUGGAAGCAGAGCUACUUCCGCAUUUCGUCAAACUUUCCAAACCGAUAGAAAAGAUUUCUUGCAAUGGUUUCCAGGUCACAUGGGCAAAAGUCUGAAGAAAAUGCAGCAGAAUUUGAAAAACGUGGAUCUCAUAAUAGAAGUGCAUGACGCAAGAGUCCCCUUGUCUGGACGUUGCAUGGAAUUAAAAACCACCCUGGGUGGCAUAAAGCCCCACCUUUUCGUUUUAAACAAAAAGGAUUUAACAGACAUGAAAUACAUGGAUUCAGCCAUUGAGCGUUUGAAUCAGGAUGGCGUAAAAAACGUAAUCUUGACUAAUUUCAAAGACCAAACCUGCAGCGGCAUGAAGAGCAUCCUACCGUUAGCAAAAAAGCUGAUAAAAGACUCGAAUCGCUUUAAUCGCGAAAAUGAGAAUGAAUUUUCCAUAAUGGUAAUUGGCGUUCCCAAUGUCGGGAAAUCGUCCUUAAUUAAUCGACUGAGGAACAAACAUCUUGGGAAAGCAAAUGCUGCAAGGGUUGGCGCAGUUGCUGGAAUUACUCGAGCAGUCAGUACUAGAGUGAAAAUUGCCGAGAAUGUCUAUCUUGUUGAUACUCCAGGAAUCCUUUCCCCAGAAAUUAGAGACGUUCACGGUGGAAUGAAAUUGUCUUUAAUAGGAUGUUUACUCGAUCAUUUAGUAGGACAAGAAAAAAUGGUAGAUUACUUACUUUUUUGGUUAAAUAAACAAGAGAGAUUUGAGUAUGUGGAGAAAUUAGGAUUACCUGAGCCGAGCGAUAAUGUGAUUGAAGUUCUUGGUCGGAUAGCAAUUAAUUUAGGGAUUACUUUGAAAAUCAGGAACUUUGAUGGUCAGUUAAUGACGAAACCAAAUUAUGCGCAUGCUGCAGAACAUUUUAUUAGAUUAUUCCGGUCCGGAGAAUUAGGACAAUACUGCUUGGAUCAAGAUAUUUUGGGUGCUUUUUAAAACCAAUUCAAUCUUUUGUGCUGGAUGUGAAUGAGAAUUUUUAAAGAAAGUCUGUAAAUAAAUGUAUAUUGACUCUGUA